UGUGACAAGGUUGACGCCAGCUGGCCGGACUUGAGAUAAGUCAAGCGCCGAAAUGAACGACGAGGAAAUUAUAAAGCAGCGUCUACUGAUCGACGGAGACGGCACUGGGGAAGACCGGCGUCUGAACGUGCUUCUCAAGCAGUUUUUGAAGUGGGCCAAUAGCAAGAACGACUCGCCGGAAACCAGUCAGAUCAUGUACGACCGCCUGAUGGCCCAUUUCGCCCAGUGCAAACUGACUGCGAUGAAGAACGUGCAGAUGUUGCAGAUGAUCAACGCCGAGGGGGAGCACUACAGGCAGCUUGUGGGCCAGCACCAAGAGAGCAUUGGCUUAGCUAAGGAGGAGAUUGAGGCCAGCAAGAAGGAGCUGAUCACUGCCAAGCAGAUUCGUAAGAACAAGAUGGAGUACGACCUGCUGGCCUCGCUUAUUGAGGAGCAGCCGGACCGCAACGGUACUCAGGGCCAGAUCGCGACGAUCCGUAAGGAGAUCGAUGUACUGGUGCAGAAGAAGCUCAAGAUGGAGCGCAAGUUCCAGAAGCGCCGCAACGACUUCACUCUACUCAUGUACACCAUUCACGAGCUGGAACAACAGCUGAAUCAGGAAAACAGUUCCUCAUCAUCCUCCUCGUCGUCUAGCGAUCACGAAGCGCGCUCCGAGCCGGAUGUUGAUGACAACGGCAUAAUGGAGGUCAGCGACGAGGACGACGACUUAGCCAGCUUAAGCCCGACGAAGUUCGACGGUGUACGCAGUGAGCCAAAGUUCGCCUCCGUCUCCACGGAGCCCUCCAAGACCAUGUCCUUGGAGGAGGACGCAGUGCUGGAGUUAAGCAUAGAUAAGGACGAGCACGAUGUUGAUGUAGCUGUGGCCAGUUAGAUAUACAUACAUAAGAGAAAUAAAAUGCGUAAUCUAGGAAACUAUUUUCCUCACUUAGUUUUAUA